AUGGAUUUAGUAAUUCAACUCACGAAAGUUCUCAAUUCUGAACAAAAGGCUGUCAUGUGUCUCGAUCUACAGCUCUACAUUAUUGCUAAAAAAAUACAAUGGCACUGGCCUGACUUGUAUGGUGAAAGGGAGAUAGUUCUUCUGCUAGGCCCUCUGCAUAUUGAACAAGCUUUUCUCCGAAUGUUGGGGGAGUACAUGGAAGGCUGCGGAUGGACUACAAUUAUCACUCACUCAGGGAUAGCAACAAGUGGCUCCGCAGAGGCUCUAAUGAAGGUUACGCACAUCAAAAGAGCCAGAGAGGCUCAUCAGAUUACCGCAGCAGUUCUUCACUGUUUGCUGAUGGAAGAGUUCACAAAUUCCCACCCCGAGGGGGGAGAUAUUGAACUUCAGCAGUGGAUUGAUGAGCGUGUGAAACUUUCACCGACAUUUCUCUUCUGGCUAUGGCUCCAUGGUUUUUUUUUGUUUGAUCAUAUAAACUAUUCCCGAUGGCUACCGGUCCAUAUUUUUGACUUGGAACAGUUGGAAAGAACAUGCCCAAGUGUUCACCAAGCUUUUUCAGAAGGCCAGUUUGUUGUCAAUAAGACUAACAAUCUAUUCAGCAGUCUUGGUAUCGACCACGCUCAUGAACAGAAUAAUGCCUCUGUCAAGGGAAAAGGGGGCAUAUCGGGUCUGACUCAUGACCCAUCUGCUUUGCGGCGCUGGACCAUCGGGGGACCUGAAAUCACAAGAAUACUUAAUGAGUUUGAAAAUGAGGAAGAUGACGAUGAUACUGGAGACUUUGGCAGUCAUCAUGAACAAAAAGAAUCUUACCAGAUGAGGUUCUUACAGCACUGCAUUGCUCUAAAGGAUUCCUUUCAUGAGUUUGAUAAUCCUUUUUCUCUAAAUCAAGAAGAACUUAUUGCACUUGACACGCGUGUUGCGAUUUCAGCAGAAGGGGUAGCAGCUCUUGUUGGUGCUAAAACAAAAGGUUCAAAGUUAUACACCGAUUUUGUAAAUGAAAGAUUACUGGAAAGGACAAAGUCCUUAUAUGACCCCAUUACUAAAUGUAACACGAAAAUAUUUGCUGCUAAAAAGAAACCAUCAAAGUGCACUGCUGUAGAUAUUCUGAAGUCAGAGGUGAAUCUAUUUUCAAGAUCAUUCGUUGUCAGUAUUGCUCGGAAAUUAGAUUUAGACAAAUUCUUUGAAUACGAAAAUUUGUCCUAUCCUCCGUCUUUGGCUGUCGGCGGAAAAAUGAGGACUGGUGACAAAAACCAGUUAACUCUUAUUUUAGAAACACUUGGACAAAAUCCACAAGGUGAAGUCCCCACCCAGGCAGAUGCAGCGAUUAUUGAUGGGGGAUGUCUCGUUCAUGCUGUGAAGCCGCGCCCUGACCAAAAAACUUUCACUGAGUAUGUGAAACAACUCCUAGGUGUGAUAAAUUUUAUGGUUUCGACCCUAAAAGUACAGAGAGUGGACAUUGCUUGGGAUAGGUAUUUAAAGCACAGCCUUAAGGAAGCAACCCGUACCGAUAGAGGGCAAGGCAAACGCCGUGUUGAUUUACCAGCUAAAGAUAAACUACCGCCUGACUGGGAAGAUUAUCUGCGUGAUGAUCAAAAUAAAGUAGAACUCUUUCGUUACCUUUCUCAGGCUCUCCUUGAAAAAUGUGAAGGAAUUCAAAUGGUGACUAAUGUUGAUUCAAAAAUAAUAUCCUCUGUGCCUGGUAAUUCAUCAUUGCAUGGGGCUUCUGCAGAAAUGGAGGAGGCUGAUGGGAGAGUUAUUCUGCACCUGCAAGAUAUGGUAGUUCACGGAGGCUCGAAAACUGUCGUUGUUCGAAGCACGGACACUGACGUACUUGUGCUUCUCGUCUCAUUCUUCCCGAAACUGCGAGACAACGGGCUUCAAAAACUUUGGGUGAACUACGGCAGUAAGGCAAAGAGACGUUUUAUCAGUAUCCAUGGCAUUGCGUCGAAGUUAGGAGAUAUGAAAUCAGUAGCUCUUCGUGGGUUCCAUGCGUUCACGGGAUCCGACGUGACCGCAUUCUUUGGGUCAAAAGGUAAGCGUUCAGCUUGGAAUUCAUGGACAACUGAGGAAACUACAGUGGCCUUCAAAAGAAUCUCUGACCCGCUGUCUGCUGAGGACGAGAUAGACGAAAGUAUUGUUGCCUCAAUAGAGAGAUUUGUGAUAAGCAUGUACGGCGUGAAAGGUGACAAGUCCAUCGCGUCUGCUCGUAAAGAGUUGUUUGCUUCCGAUAAUAAGCACAUUUCUGCCAUUCCUCCAUCUAAGGCGGCUCUUGCAGAAAAGAUAAAGCGAGCAGCUUACGUAGCAGGGAAUUUGUGGGGCUCGUCAACACUCCUUGAAGGACCUACAGUGUCCCCCGAAGGCUGGGGUUUCACCUUCAGUGAUGGCUGGAAGAUUGUCUGGACCCAACUGCCAGACGUAUGGGAAGGAGUACGGGAGCUGGACAGAUGUGGGUGUAGCACUCAAUGUGGAACUUUCCGAUGCUGUUGUCGGCGCCUUGGACUCCCCUGCACUCCAGCCUGCAAGAAAUGCAAAGGCAAUUGCGACAACAAACCAAAAACUACUCACCAGACCGAGGAUGAUGAUGUCUUGGGUGAUGAUUAGACUUACAUGAUGAUACUUACAUAUACAUUUUACGUAUUCGGAACUUUUAUAGUCAAGACAAAUAUAUUCAAAUAACAUUUAAGGUCGGGGUCUCUUUCCAAAGCCCCCAAACCACAACUAAAUAUUGCAGCACGAAACUUUUAAUACUACAUGUUUGGUCUCACUAAUCUCGAAUCGACCCCUGAAUCACGCCUGAAGCUCUGUUGGCAAGACGACUCUCUGAUGGGGUACUUUUCUCACGGUGCGUAGCGGUACCUCAUGCGUCAGGCACCGUGAGAAAAGUACUCCAGCAUCAUU